CUGAAUUAGCGUAAUGAUACAAAAAGUCAGUGAAACUCAUUAUCACAAUUUUGUCCAAUUUACUGAGUUGGUGGAAUAAUAGAUCAGAAAGCUAGAAUCUUAAAAAAGAUGAUUCGAUUUAUUCUGAUACAAAACCGUGCUGGCAAGACGCGUUUAGCUAAGUGGUAUAUGAAUUUUGAUGAUGACGAAAAGCAAAAACUGAUUGAAGAGGUUCAUGCAGUGGUGACUGUAAGAGAUGCAAAGCAUACCAAUUUUGUGGAGUUUCGGAACUUUAAAAUUGUAUACCGUCGCUACGCCGGUCUUUAUUUCUGCAUAUGCGUUGAUGUCAACGACAAUAAUUUGUGCUAUCUUGAAGCGAUACACAAUUUCGUAGAAGUUCUUAAUGAAUAUUUCCAUAACGUAUGUGAAUUGGACCUAGUCUUCAACUUCUAUAAAGUGUACACGGUAGUAGACGAAAUGUUUUUGGCUGGAGAGAUACGUGAAACAUCCCAAACAAAGGUGCUCAAACAGUUAUUAACGCUCAAUUCGUUGGAAUAAAAAUUUGCUAAUAUCAAUGCAUUCCAUUUAUGUGUGUAUGUGUAUUUCAAAACAUUAAUAUGUUGCAAGAGCCAUACCAAUCCCAUGGAUGGUCUGGUAAUGGAUUUUGCGAUGGUCGAUCCAUCAGUUUACGAAUCUUUCAUUUUAAUCCAAUCCAUUGCGUUAAUAUAUUUCUCAGCUUAUAAGAAAAGUAAUUAGUAUUUGUUAUAGUGCUUGUAAAGUUAUUGUAGAAAUAAGUGAAUGUGUAUUACCUAUAUAAUUACACUCAAAAUCACACUGAUAUUCAAAUAAAAAAUUAUGUAUAUUUGCGCGAAAAGGCGUAUAUUUCAAACUUCAAAAAA